UUAAUAUUGAUUAUAAAAAAAGUUGUUUCAAAAAAAAAAAAAAAUUAUAAAAGAAGCCGGGGGUCUAAACGCAAAUAUAAUUGCGAGAUUGCGAUUAGGGUUUAGAGGAAAUCGGAGACGAUGACUGAGAUUGCGAUCUUGCUUCCGAAGAUCAGAGAUGAACCGCCGCAGCAGCGUAAACGGAAAUUGGAAUCUCCAGGAAGCGCAGUCGCUACUCCUCCGAUACAGAGUUUCCCCAAGGUUGAUUACGAUCACAAUCCAUGGGAUGACGAUGAGGUUGAUUCUGUGAUCGAGAAGGAGUACCACCGUCAAUUUGUAGAGUCCGAUGGUUUCGAUGUGGAUCACUUCUAUCUUCCGUAUGGUGGAGGACAAGUUCCUCACAUCAUGGAAAACAAAUAUGAUUAUCCCUAUGACGUGGGCUUGUUUAGUAGACUUGGACUUCAUUGUUACAAUCUUGAGAAGGGAACAAGCCUCAAAUUGGCUGCUAUAAACAAAUACAACGAUAAGCUGAGGUUUACUCGGUGCCUCUGUUACCACAUAACGUUGGAGGCCAUUGACACAUCCAACAACUCUCUUUGCAAUUUUCAGACGUGUGUUUUCAAAGAUUUCCUUCCGGAGCAGGCAUCCUUUCUGGCACAGACCGAAAUUUCCAGACUAAAAGUUCCUAGUGGCCCUCGACCUCCUACUUAUGGUGGGCCUGAUAGAAGAUGGAAGGACGAUGCAGUAGAUGAUUCUUACAAAGGUAAAAUGCCCAAGUGGUUCACCAAUGAUGAGAUGGCUGCAAUUAGCACCAAGGGGCAGUUUUAUGAGUUGCAAGAAUAAGACUUGCAAGGAAAUGAGUGGCUUCAUAUGUAUGCUGAGUUUGCUUUCCACUCUAAGUGGAUUGCACAUGCGAGCGACCUGAGGCCAUUUCUACCACUGGAAAUCAAGAAGGUAACUAUACAAACCAAGGAAGAGUCGCAGCCAUGCAUGAAGCUCAAGGCCAACAAUGCCAUCUUCUACAUUAUCUUCAAAGGCAAUGGCGAUCCGAGUGGUGCCCCUGUGGAGUACCAAGCGGUUGUAAGGAAAACCAUGGAUGGUAUUCCUGGACACAUUUGCUUGGAAGUCGACUGCUUGGCCUACAAAUCAUGUUGAAGAAAAUUUUCUUUCGAGACUAAUAAAAUUUGAUGUGUUUAUUAUCUUUUACUUUUAUCAAAACUGAAUAAUUAGUAGUAGUGAUCAUAUAGAUUGAAAAAUUCAUAGAGAACAA